CACAGAUUAUAGAGGAGCAUCUUUGGUCACCGCCCCCGGAGCGGCCAUCUUGGAUCUGCAGCCGGUUGCCCGGCGACGGAGGCCCGAGCCGCCUCACUGCGGGCCGUGACCGGGACUGAGGGACCGAGGGGACCCGCUCAGCGUCAGGAUGAAGCUGUUCUCGGAGGCGCACAAGACGGUGUUCGUGGUGGACCACUGCCCGUACAUGGGCGAGUCGUGCCGGCAGACGGUGGAGUUCGACAUGUUCACCAAGAACCGGGCGCCCGGCAUCAUCCCGCUCGCACCCAUCGCCAAGUCACUGUGGACCUGCGCCGUGGAGUCGGCCAUGGAGUACUGCCGCAUCAUGUACGACGUCUUCCCCGCCAGGAAACUGCCAGCAACAUUAAGCAGCAUGAUGUCAACAUCUGGUGAUCAAAGGCUGCUAACAGUUGCUCCAAAGCAAUUAAUGGGUGCAACCAGGGUGAAUUUCAUUGUAAGUGACUCAAGAGCACAUACCCUGAACUCCUGGGGACAAGAAGAUCAGAACCUGCAAGAGCUGAUGGCAGCCUUAGCAGCUGUCGGGCCUCCCAAUCCACGCAUGGACCCGGAGUGCUGCAGUGUGCUGCAUGGCUUAGUCGAGGCAGUGGAGGUCCUGUGCAAAUGUACAGAUUAUCAGCAUGAAGCCCGAACUACUUUGAUGGAGAAUGCAGACAGAGUUAGCAACCGUGGACGUAUCAUCUGUAUAACUAAUGCCAAAAGUGACAGUCAUGUGCGAAUGUUAGAAGACUGUGUCCAAGAGACCAUCCACGAGCACAACAAAUUAGCAGCUAGUUCCGAUAACUUGAUGCAGAUUCAGCAUUGUGAACUGGUCUUAAUUCACACGUACACCGUGGGUGAAGACAGCCUGGUUUCAGAUCGGCCCAAGAAAGAUGUCUCCUUGGUCCUAACGAGUGAAGUGCACAGUGUCCGUGCAGGAAGGCAGCUGCCUGCAAAGCUCAUGACCCUUGUCCAGCAGCAUUUUGACCUUGCCUCCACCACCAUUACAAACAUACCUAUGAAGGAAGAACAACAUGCAAAUACUUCUGCAAAUUAUGAUGUAGAGCUUCUCCAUCAAAAAGAUGCUCAUACUGAACUGCUAAGAAAUGAAGGGAAGAACAUGCAAGCAAUAGGUGACCACUUCAAAGGAAAGAAAGUUGAUCCACAUCUAUGUAAUAGCAAUAGAGAUGGCGUUGUCAAAGACACCGUGACAUUAAAGUGGUGCACUCCACGAACUAAUAAUAUAGAGUUGCACUAUUGCACAGGAGCUUACAGAAUAUCACCCGUGGAUGUAAACAGCAGACCCUCUUCUUGCCUAACAAACUUCUUAUUAAAUGGUCGAUCAGUGCUGCUGGAACAACCUCGUAAGUCAGGUUCCAAGGUGAUUAGUCAUAUGCUUUGCAGCCAUGGCGGUGAGAUUUUCCUGCAUGUCUUGAGCUGUGUUCGUUCCAUCCUGGAGGAUCCCCCAUCAAUCAGCGAAGGGUGUGGAGGAAGGGUUACUGAUUACAGAAUUACGGACUUUGGCGAGUUCAUGAGGGAAAAUAGACUAGCUCCUGUGCACGAAAUGCGAUACCUGCUGGAUGGGACUGUGGAAGUGCCGUUGGAGAAAGCAAAAUCUCAAUUGGAGAGACAUACUCGCUAUUGGCCAAUGAUUAUAUCUCAAACUACAAUCUUCAACAUGCAAGCGGUUGUACCAUUAGCUAGUUUAAUUGUGAAAGAAAAUCUGACUGAUGACGAUAUCCUCAAUUGUCAAAAAACCAUCUACAACUUAGUAGAUAUGGAGAGAAAAAAUGAUCACUUACCCAUUUCAACAGCCGGCACCAGAGGCAAAGGUUCCAAAAGAGAUGAACAAUACCGGAUCAUGUGGAAUGAGUUAGAAACCCUCGUGAGGGCGCACUUAAACAACUCGGAGAAACACCAGCGUGUGCUGGAAUGUUUGCUGGCCUGUCGGAGCAAGCCACCGGAAGAAGAAGAGCGCAAAAAGAGUCGGAGGAAAAGGGAAGAUAAAGAAGAUAAAUCCGAAAAAAACGUGAAAGAACACGAGGCUGACAAGACCUGGCAAGAAUCUGAACGACAAAAGGGAGCACUGGAACGAGAGAAGGAUGAAGUAGCCGAAGCUGAGAUAAUCAAAGACUCUCCUGACUCGCCUGAACCACUGAACAAAAAGCCACGGGUCAGCGUAGGAGAAACACAGCCUCCAGAGAAGAUUAAAGGUCCAGUCUCUUUGCUCACAUUCUGGACGAAUAGGAUCAACACAGCAAAUUCAAGAAAGCAUCAGGAAUUUGCGGGCCGUUUGAGUUCUAUUAACAACAAAGCUGAAUUGUACCAACACCUCAAGGAGGAAAAUGGAAUGGAUACACAUGAAAACGGCAAGGCCAGCAGACAAUAAAGAGAAGCUGCAACGUAAGAUGUUUCGCAAGUGCCCAGGUCGGUUGGCUUGUUGUGUUUGUGGGAAUUUUUCAUUUACAAACACGAGACAUUUAAAGAAAAUCGACCUCAGCCUCCCAAAAUGCUCCGCUGAAAGACGAAUGCACCAAAAUGAAAUGUACGACAUUUUCGAGCUGAAGCUGUGAUCAAGAGUAAUUUUACACUUUGAUGGCAUUUUCUACUUUGAAAUACAUUGACAUUUUUACACUUGUUACAUUAACUCAAAAAUAAAAAUUAUACUUCUACACAAA